AAGUUAAUUAAUUCAUAGAAGAGCCCAUAUAAUUGAGCAAACCCUGACUGAUUCUGGUGUCAAACUUACGGUUUCUUUCAGACAAUAGAUUAUGUCACUGUGAUAUGGGACUCUCUUUCGAGGAGACAGUUCAACACUCUCCUGUUUUCAAGACUGCAGUACAGAGAGCAGAGAAUGAAAUUACCGGCCAGGAGACCCGUCUCAACAGAUUAUUGUCAUUACUCGUCAAGAGGGAGGAGCAGACUAGACAGAUUCUAGAAACAAGCCGGCUUGUUAAUUUAGAGUUUGAACAACUAAUGGUGACCUCAACUACACCUCUAAAAGACACACUAAAGAAGUACACCUCUGCGCUGCAGCACUGGGAAGAGAGUAAAGAGCGCCACAAUGAACAGAUCAGAAUGGUCCUCAUCGACCCUCUAGUGGACUUUAUGCAAACUGACUUCAAGAAACUAGAGUUACGGAAGCAACAAUACCACACUGCAGUAAAGGAGCAUCUCAUUUGCAGCACGGAGUAUGCGGAGUGUAAGAAGGAGGAAGUUACGCGCCUGCACGCUUCUUCUACCACGCUCUUUAACGCUAACUACAACAUGACCCGCCUCGCUGCCAGGUACGUGUUACAACUGAAGACGUUCUCCUCAAAGCGUGACAUAUUCUUAACAAGCCAACUAUCAGAGCUCCUCACAACAUACCUUACACAUCACCAACUGGGAUCUAACAUUGCUCUCGAGGUGGAGAGCCAGCGAGAUACCUUUACCGAGACGCUGGUAGAAACAAAGAAAGGUCUGGAAGCAACUACAGGCGAGCUGAAGGAGGAGCUGCGCGUAGUAGUUACACGUGCUGAACGCGCCCAGACUAUGAAACUUCUUAACCUUCAACUGUACGACCUGCACAUGAACGAGGAAGCUACCAAAACAGCUGCCAAACUAAACGAGUACACUAACAUAGAGGAGAUAGCUCCCAGCAGUCCCCCAGACCAGAUACACGGUUAUUUGUGGGUCGGGGAGAAAAGUGCCGUAUUUGGACAUUCCUGGUACCGGUCCUGGUGCCGUGUUAAAGACGGCAUGCUGGUGUUGCAGAAUGCGGACAAGGGCGAACAGAGAAUAAACCUAAAGCUGUGUCAAGUGAAAUCAGACGCGUACAAUAUUAACCGUGCAUUUUGUUUCACCCUGUUCUCACCUGUGAGGCCCCUGGUAUUGCAAGCUCAAUCUUCACAAGAUAGGGAAACCUGGAUAAUGAUAAUGCACAAAGCUAUCGCUAAUGCUAUUUCAAAAGCAAGACACCCAGUUCUCUAUAGCUGAUGAUUCUAAUAAUACAAAAUCGAAAACAUCCUCUCGGAAGAAAGACAAUAUAAUACCCUUGACUAUCUUACGAGAAUUGCAGGAAAUACCGGGCAAUCUUACCUGUGCUGAUUGUGCCAAGAAGAAGCCUACUUGGGCCAGCCUGAAUCUUGGUGUGCUGAUUUGUAUUGAGUGCUCGGGGAUUCACCGCGGUCUGGGUGUACAGUUAUCACAGGUCAGGUCGCUGACUCUAGAUGCGCUGAGUGAGGAUCAGAUAGAACUACUGAGAAGUGUGGGAAAUGCUGCUGCUAAUGCUAUUUACGAGGCGGAAUUAGAUGCGGAAAAGAAUCUAACAAAUCAUGUUGAGAGAAAAGAUUUUAUUUGCAGGAAAUAUUCUGAUCUUACAUUCACUUCUUCUAAAUACCACGACAUUGUUCUAGAGUCAAGAAAGACGGGGUCUCAAAAAACUCUUGCAGCUGUCCAAACAAUGGACAAAAGAGAUUCUCUUUCUCCAACAAAAAGAGAUUCUCUUUCUCCAACAAAAGUAGAUUCUCCAACGAUGGCGAAUCAGAACAUGAAUAUCCCUCCUACGGUUGACAAUAACCUUCCGUCUUAAUCACGUUUUAAAAUAGAGUUUUAAAAUCUGACGUGAUGUUUUGCGACAGAUUUUUGCAGGAUUGCAACUCACUUGUCAUCAUGUGACAGUGAUUCCACUUGUGUUGCGACCCUGCACCCUGUACGUGUAUAAUAUUAGAAUAAACUGAGGUACGUAAUGUUUUGUGUCGUGAUUUUAUUUAGCUCUCCAGAAGGAACGAGUAAAUACAAUAUUUUAAAUAAAGAGUAAAAAUGUUAUUUUAAAUAACAUCAAUAUUUUGACUCCUUCAUUUCAUUUAAAUUUGAUGUUUUAUGAUCGUUGGUUUCAUCUUACAGCACAUUUCACAUUUGCCCAUUUUUCGCUAUUUAAGAUGAGUUUGGCAGCAAAAUAAGUAAAGAUAUCGUAUAUAGAAUUUAAAAUAAAGUCAUAUAACAUUAUGUGUAUAUAUAAAAAGAUGAUUUGUGAUUUAUGACGUUUAUGAAUUAUGAAUUUCGGGAAAUUAAUGUUGUACUGUUGAUCGGUUUGAUUUUGUGAGCUCAA